AUGCCUGCGGGAUCAUGGCUUUGGGUCACCGCGUCCUCGGCGUUACAUGCAGUCAGUGCUAGUACUGUCAUCAAGAGCGUCACACAAUUGACCUGCACCAACGCGGUAUACCUCCGACCUCACCACGAUACAUGGCUCAUACCUUCACUGCCGCUGGACACGUCUUUCGCUACAGGUUGGAACAAGCUUCCCACAGAACUGAAGGUUCAGAUACUAAGCUACAACCUGGCAUUUCGCGACACAGUCGACCGGUACGAGAAGAAUGUUCUGCCGGCUCUCGACCACCAUCUCCGUAUCUCUCCCGAAAUCGCCGAUCUUGCAAAGGAAAUAUUCUACGGCCAAAACACCUUCCGAAUAUGGCGCCAUCUCUCAAGACCUUCGGGUCGCGCUCUAUUCCCAAUCGCUUACGAGUUGAUUCGGAAGAUUGUGGUAGACGUCAUUCUGGGUUCCUAUACCGACUGGGAAACUCUGUCAAUGAUCUCCAAGGGGAGCCACGGACUUUCGAACCUGCGAUACAUAAAUGUUGUGGUCAAUUGUCGUGGAGCCAUGUUCAGUCCUAUAAACGAUGAUACAAUCGCGCGGCUUCUUGGGCGUAUACAUGAUAGCUGCGACGAGUCUAUCGUACUUAAAUGCAAAGGCGAAUUUACAUUCGCCGGGAGGCUGUGGCAGAGCGGCAAUAUUCCCUCGAUUACCGACGGCAUUCAGAAGGUGGAGGCACUCAUGAGGAGUAAGGUGGCGUUUGAAGACGAUUCCAAGGACGAGGUUUGA